AUGUCUAUAUCAGAAGACUGCUCAAUGCCUCUCAGCCUCAGUCUCUGCAUCUUCAAAACUAAGAUAAAAACAUUUCUCCUCACUGAGUUGUUAGAUGAAGUGUUAAGUUGUUUGGUUAUCUUGACGAAUCAAAUUACAACGCAUCUGAGUGGAGCCCGUGCUGCUCAGGCAGACCUGGUGUCUCCCGCUGAUGAUUUGUCCCUGACGGAAGGUACUUCUGGAUCCAGCUGUGUUGUAGCUGCACUGGGAAACACCUGGAGUCAUAGCGUGAACACCCGGCUGAUUCUCCAGCACCUUGAUUCAGAGAGAAAACAGAUUCUUAUCGCCAAGUCACCUUUGGCUCCAUUCACCUCAUUUGCCUACAGCAUCAAGGAGGAAGGCCUGGUUCUUCAAGGUUAACAGAGGCCAUAGGGAUACUGUGACCUUUGUCUAGAGCUGAUGGGGGGUGUGAUUUGUGAAAUGAAACAGGACUGUGCUACUUGGAAGAAGGAAACGGAAGCCAACAUAAUGAGGAUUAAUUAGUUGAUUGCUGUUGAGAUGGUAACAGAUUUGCUCCUAGACCAUUGAGCCUGUGAUUUCGGACCUAGCAGGGAAGGUGUGGACGAAGAAGCCUUUGUUCAGGACUCAAGAUGUAUGUAAGGCUGAGGUCUUUGCACUUACAUAGCACCUUUCAACCAGGCACCUCAAAGCCGUUUAGCCACAUUAAUUAAUUAAAGCCCACAAUCUUCCUGGGGAGAGGAGGAGGGUGACUAACAAGAUUUGUAAUUACAGGAGGGAACAUUUCCGAAUAAAGUAUUGUCUACCAAAUAAAGAGAGUGGUGUAAAGGAAUUGGGGGUCUCCCAAGAGUAACGGAUUCAUAAAUGAAAUCAUGGAAUGAUGGGGAAGGCUGAGCGGGCAUGAGUGUGGAGGCACGCCCCCGUGUCACAGGGAGGUCCGUGACCUCAGAAUUCACUGACAGUUUCGGAUUCAACCACGAAGAGUAUGUAUGGUAUUAGUGGCAUUUGGGAGGUCAUUAGUGGCCUAACUAUUGUAGUGUAAAUGCAACUUCCACUGGUAUAUUGUUGUAUCACCCUACAGAACAAAGACUGAGAUUCAGAGCAGAAUUUAAUAAAGGAUGAAAUGAUUUCUAUAGAUUUCAAACCCAAAGCUGGGCCAGUCAAUUAGCAAAUAAAUCAAUCGGUGACCCAUGGGAUAAUUUAGUUCUUCCCAGCAGAACACCCAGUCUAUGAAUUCCUACUACUCUGAAGCCCUGGAGCAAAACUUCAGCUGAGUUCUUUCAGUGCAGUGUCUGCGAGGUUUAACCCCUUCCAAGGCUGACUACCCAAGUUGUUAGUGACUCCAAACUGUCUACUGUAGAAUCACUUUAACCUGCACCCCCUUCAGAGAUUUUAAGCAGCUUA